AUGCGGGCGCUCAGCCUCGGCCUGGUGGCGCUGACCUGUGCCACCACGGCUCUGUGCGCGGCCGGAGCGCAGCGCCGGGCUCUGGAGGGCGGCGGCCGCCGGCGCUACCACCGCGUGCAGCACGGCCACUGCAGCUACACCUUCGUGCUGCCCGAGGCCGAGCCCCCGCCGUGCCCCGCCGCCCCCGGCGCCGCCAGCGGGCUGCUCCAGCGCGACUCGCCCGCCGCCACCGCCGGGGCUGCGCAGCGCCUGCGGCACCUGGAGAGGAUCCUGGAGAACAGCACGCAGUGGCUGCUGAAGCUGGAGAGCUACAUCCAGAGCAGCGUGAAGCCGGAGGUGGCCGAGCUGCAGCAGGCGGCGGUGCAGAACCAGACGGCGGCCAUGCUGGAGAUGGGCAGCUCCCUCCUGAACCGCAGCGCCGAGCAGAGCCGCAAGCUCACCGACGUGGAGGCACAGGUGCUGAAUCAGACGUGGCGCAUCGAGAUGCAGCUUCAGGAGAAUUUCCUGUCCACCACCAAGCUGGAGAAGCAGCUGCUGCUGCAGACCAAUGAGAUCCACAAGCUGCAGAACAGAAACAACAUCCUGGAGGGGCGGGUGCUGGAGAUGGAAACGAAGCAGCAGGCGGAGCUGGCGGGGGCCCACUCGGAGAAGGAGAAGCUGCAGCGGCUGCUGAGCCGGCAGAGCGGCGCCAUCGAGGAGAUGGAAAAGACGCUGCUGGCUGCCAGUGCCAACACCAGCCUGCUCCAGCGGCAGCAGCUCCAGCUCCUCCAGUCCGUCCAGAGCCUGGUGCGCCUCGUGUCGCAGGGCAGAGCCACGUCACCUGGGCAGGAGCAGCAGUUCCAGGACUGUGCCGAGGUGCGCCGGGCGGGCAUCCAUGCCAGUGGCAUCUACACCCUGCACAUUGCCAACCUCAGCGAGCCCAAAAAGGCAUUCUGUGACAUGGACACGGAUCGAGGGGGCUGGACCAUCAUCCAGCUCCGUGCCAAUGGCAGCCUCAGCUUCCAGAGGAGCUGGAGGGAGUACAAGCAGGGCUUUGGGGACGCGUCGGGGGAGUACUGGCUGGGGAAUGAGGCCGUGCACCUGCUGACCAGCCGGGUGCCCUACGCCCUGCGGGUGGAGCUGCAGGACUGGGAGGGCGGCCAGGUGUAUGCCCACUACGGGAAAUUCCAGCUGGGCAGCGAGCGGCAGUUCUACAGGCUGUCACUGCAGGACUACAGUGGCACAGCUGGGCAGCAGAGUGGGCUGGCACUGCAGGGCACCCAGUUCAGCACCCGUGAUGCCGACAAUGACAACUGCCUGUGCAAGUGUGCCCAGAUGCUCUCGGGAGGAUGGUGGUUUGAUGCCUGUGGCCUCUCCAACCUCAAUGGCAUCUACUACCCGGCCCGGAACAACAUCCGCAAGCUGAACGGCAUCCGCUGGCACCACUUCCAGGGGCCCAGCUACUCCCUGAAGGGCACCCGCAUGAUGAUCCGACCCUCCAGCUUCUGACGUGCCCACGGCAGUGCCACACUGACAGACAAGUCCGGGACAAGGGAUGGUUGGGGCUGAGAUGUCCCAGCUGCUGCAGGGAACCUUUGCCAUGAGUUUAUUUUUUACUCUUGUUUAUCCCAUUUUUCAGAAGUCUGCGGUGUCACCAUGGCCAUGCUGGAGGAGCCAUGGGCAGGGGUGAAGGAGCUGGAGCUGGAGCUGCAGGAGCUGCAGGAGUGGGACAAGGCCAGACCGGCCAAAGUGGGCUCCCAGCAUAUGGAAACCCCCUGAUCUCACCUCAGCUUCUCUCCACGAAUUUCUGCUGGGCCUCAGGGUUUGAUCUUGGGGGCAGGGCUCCAAGACCCUCCCCAGGGAAGGGGCUCUGAGAACCCCUGGGACCAUGUGCAUUCAAAGGGACCCCGGACAUGAUGGGGCUUUGCCUUUUCACUGGUUUUGGAUAUUGUAAAUCCCCCACCAUCCCACUUUCCUGCAAGAUUAGAGGAGCUGGAUGGGACAGGAUGAGCAUGGGGGCUGGUGGUUCCUCCUUCCCCUUUCAUCCAGACACAGCCAUGCAGAGGGCCACAGGCUGUCCCCUUCCAAGCAUGGCCUGAGCCACUGUCCCCGUGUAUGGCAGGACAGGCACUGCUCUUCACGGGAUGGAGCUGGGCUUCUCCAGCUCUAGAGAGGACAGGAAGAGCAGGAGGUGCCCUUGGGGACCUCCAUGGGGACCUGGGAUGGCCAAUGGCCCAGUUGUGGAAGGCCCUGCUGGGAGCAGACACUGCAGUGGCAGGGGCUGGCAGGGCCCCAGGACUGGC